AUGCCGCUCAUCCUCGACUCAUCCUCCGAAUCCUCUAUUGAGACCCCGGUAGAUGCCCAAGAGCAACGAAGGAGGAUCCAUCACGAUGCCGAUGUUUUGAUCAUCGGCGCUGGAGUCUUGGGCUGUGCCCUUGCAGUUGCCCUUGCAAAUCAAGGCCGGAGUGUCAUAUUGUUGGAGAGAUCUUUAAAAGAGCCAGAUCGUAUCGUUGGUGAAUUACUUCAACCCGGAGGUGUCGAGGCCUUGACCAAACUGGGUUUGCGCCAUACUCUUGAUGACAUUGACGCCAUCCCUGUCACUGGCUAUACUGUACUAUACUACGACGAGAAUGUUCGGAUCCCAUACCCUGCCAACGCCGCUGGUGAUCUAUAUGCAAAUCCGCCUUCAGAGAAACACAAACCCCACCGGCGACCCGAGGGGAGAGCUUUCCACCACGGCCGUUUCAUUUCCAAGUUGCGAGGGGCUGCCCUGGCGCACCCUAACAUAACGGUCUUCGAGACUGAGGCUACUACGUUAAUCUCUUCCACUUAUACCGACCAAAUACUCGGUGUCCAAGCCAUGACUCGAAAAACCCAAAAGGACUUCUUUUUCGCGUCCUUGACCGUCGCCUGCGAUGGCUAUGCUUCAAAAUUCCGAAAAUCAUAUCAUCAUAUCGCACCACAAGUCAAAUCCAAAUUUUGGGGUCUCGAACUUAUCGACUGUCCUCUGCCUACGCCGCAGAAUGGUAUUGUCUGCCUGGGUGAUAACGCACCAGUCUUGCUCUAUCAGAUUGGCACACAUGAAACGAGGGCGCUAGUAGAUAUCCCGGAGGGUCUUGAAUCUACCUCCACUGCCAAUGGAGGUGUCAAAGGCCAUCUGGAAAGGGUUGUCCUACCUUCGCUCCCAGAACAAGUUCAACCAUCGUUCCGAGCUGCUUUGGAGAAAGGACCUCUUCGGAGCAUGCCAAACUCUUUGCUGCCUGCAACAACCAACAAAGCCCCUGGCUUCGCCAUACUGGGGGACGCUCUAAAUAUGCGUCACCCACUCACGGGCGGUGGUAUGACAGUAGCCCUCAAUGAUGUGGUCUUGAUCUCCGAAUUACUAUCGCCUCAGUCCGUUCCAGACCUCGCUCAGACCGACAUGGUUCGCAAGCAGUUCCGCGCCUUCCAUUGGCGUCGCAAAAAUCUAACAUCCAUCAUCAACAUCCUGGCCCAAGCUCUGUACUCACUCUUCGCUGCAGGUGACUGGCAGCUCAAAUAUCUACAGCAAGGCUGCUUCCGAUAUUUCCAGAGGGGCGGAAAUUGUAUUGAUGGUCCAGUGGCCCUUCUAGGUGGCAUCAUUCGUCAGCCUCUUGUUCUCAUCGAUCACUUCUACAGAGUCGCAUUAUUAAGUAUUUGGGUUUUGAUCAUGGAGAACGGCAUUCUCCUGUUCCCCCUGAGUCUUGUCCAGGGUGUUCUGGUUUUCUGGAAAGCCUGUCAAGUGAUAAUGCCAUUCAUAUUCAACGAAUUGAGGAGUUGA